AUGUUGAGGACCACUAUAUGGCUGUUGGUGGGAGUGUGUGGGUUUGUGUCUUGCAUCAGAUGUCCUGAUGGGGGCACCUGCCCGGAUGACAAAACCUGCUGUAAGUCUUUAGAUGGAUAUAAGUGCUGUCCGUAUCCCAAUGCUAUGUGCUGUGCCGACAUGAUCCACUGCUGCGCCUCAGGCUAUCAGUGUAACCUGGUUACCUCCAAGUGUGAGAAACGGAACCAGCCAUGGUUGACCAUACCCAUGGUGAAGAAAGAAGCUGCAGAGAAACCAACCACCUCUGUUAUACCUGUCUCUCCCAUUCAGGAGCUCAAAAGCGACCCCGACCAAACAAAGGCUUCAGUUGUCCCCUGUGACAACUAUAACACCUGUCCUGAUGGCACAAGCUGUUGCAGACACCCAGCAGGGCCCUGGUUCUGUUGCCCCUUACCCCUUGCCAAGUGUUGUCUGGAUGGCUACCACUGUUGUCCAUAUGGGUACGACUGUGACCUUACUUACAAGCACUGUGUGAGGCAAGGCCUGAGAUAUCCUUUCACCCCUGAAAAAACUCUAUCUUCAAUCUCUGCAUCUCUCAUUUCUACCCCAGAGGACCAAGACCGCCUGCAGGAGACACCCCUGACAGCGCUAACAGAGGCUAAUGACAGCGCCAUUGAGACUGGAGUUAUUCGCUGA